GAUGAGCGACUGCCCUUCUGAGGCUCACUCACCUGAGGCACUCACUAUGAUAUGGCACCUGUAAGGCGAGCUUCCAAAAAGGGUUCACACUGCUGACAUUUCAGGCAAAUCAUUAAGGCAGCCAUGAGGGACAGACUGAAUCAACUACAGACUCUUUCUGCGUCCAUAAAUAAUCUGGAAGAGCAGGAAUAUGCAGAGUCAGUCUCAGACUCAUUCAGCAAUGUGGAACUGGAAGAUGAAUUCCAUCAGCAGGCCAUUAUUUUUGACAAUCAUGAUGAGAUGGACACUGUGUUUGAUGAGGCUCAAGAUGCAAGGCGUGAGCUUCAGCUCAUCCAGCUGGACGUGAAGCGGCUCAAAGAGCAAAACACGCGCCUCCUUAAUGAGCCAACUCGAACCAGCACAAUAAAGCGAGACUCCAAUGCCAUUGCUGCCGACAUUAAAUCCCGUGGGGAGGAUUUGCUGAAACGUCUUCGUCAGAUGGACUCUCAUGCCAAAGAGCUGGAAGAGGAGCAUGGUAUCAAUUCGGCUGUAGCCAGGAUCGCUCGAACGCAGUACGCUGGCCUAAGUAACAACUUCCGUGAUGUGAUGAUGGAAUACAAUGAAGCAGAGAUGAACCACAGAGAAACGUGCAAAACGCAUAUCCAGAGGCAGAUGGAGAUUGUAGGGCGAGAGGUGACGGGUGAGCAGAUCGAAGAAAUGCUGGAGAAUGGGCAGUGGAACAUCUUCAGUGAUAACAUUAUCACAGAGGGGAAGACAGCACGAUCUGCACUCAGCCAGAUCGAAAGCAGACACCGUGACUUGCUGGAGUUGGAGAACCGACUCCAGAGCAUCCAUGAGGUGUUCCUGGAUGUGGCCAUGCUUGUGGAAGAGCAAGGGUCCAUGAUAGAUUAUAUAUCCACCAAUGUUCAGAAAACUGAUGCUAAACUCGAAAAUGUCCUGAUUCAACUUGAAAAAGCUAAGAGACACAAGAAGAACAAUCCAUUCGCGAAAAUGUUCUGUGGCUGCUUUCCAUGUUACAAAUAAUUUCUUUGGGCAAAGACGUCUGACUUUUGAUUAUGUAGACGAUCAUGUCUGAAAUGCCUUUUCAACAAUCCCUAUUUGGCUAAGCUGAGAAAUUACCGAAAGCUUUCAUACAGAUAUAAAUAGAUGAGUAUGAAAUGUCAGAUGUGAUAGCUGUUCAUAUCGAGACUAUUUUCUAGUUGGUUUGCUCAAUUUUGUCAAACAACAGAUAAAAGUGCGUGCUUAUCGAAGUGUGUAGUUGAUGUUCAAAAUACACAAGAGCACAGAGUAUAAGUAUUGGUCUGGAUAAAUAGUACAAGUAUAACAUAUAAAUUUGCUGUAUGACAUUCACGUAUGACGUUAUCUCUUUAGAAAUUGCUUCUUUCAAAGGCAUACAGUUUAAAAUGAAGUCAAUUCUGUAAGGAUAUUAAAACAAAUUAGUAUUCGAUGCUCUUUAUUCUGUCCUAUUCCUGAAAUGAAAUUGUAUUUAACAGUUAAUGCACUGUGCAGUAUAAAUUAUGUUGACCUGUGUCUAAAUAUUAAGAGAGAAAAUGCCCCUGAAAUCAAAAUGAGUGUUUCAGAGCUUUUUUGUACCUGUCCAUUAGUGUUAUGGAUAUAGAUAUGGACAUGGAUAUGGAUAUAACUCUACAGUAGCAGCUCUAAUAGAAAACAUGGUAAGUCAGUGCAUUUUUGGCUGUGGGUCUUCCCACACACACUUUCUUUUUCCACCCCUUGCUUGAGAAAAAAAAUGGUUCGAAGUUGAUUAUUUUAAAGACGGUGGAAUUUCAUCAAGGUCACUUCAGGGUUAUGUGAUAUUUUUCCUUCUUCUUCUUCUUCUUCUUCUUCCAGGAAGUGUUUUACCGACUUGGGGCUGGAAUAUUUUGCUACCUCAGACUAAUCCAGAAUGUGGUUCUGUUUUUCUAUAUGCUGUUGGACCUUCUCUCUCAGUAACAGUAAAUAAUGUAAUUUUAUCAAGUAACACAAUAUAUACAGUGUCUUGC